UGGGCACAUACUUCAUGUGUACUUCUAUGGUAUAAUGGGGUUGUGUUUACAAAUGGUGUUGCCAUGAAAUUUAAAACGUCAAAUUUAGACGAUCCUAAGCAUAAUGCUUUAGUUUGUUGUGUAGGUUGGUGCAAUGCUGAGGAAGUGUAUUCUUGUGGGGACGACCACCUGCUGCUGAGGUGGAACCCGGCGACGAAGGAGACGGCGACGGUGGCCGAGCUGCCCCCGGAGGUGUUCCCCACGGACAUGGACUGGUUCCCGCGGCCGCAGGCGGGCGGCAAGAAGCAAGGCCUCGACCUGCUCCUGCUGACGGCGGCCGACGGCAAGUUCCACCUGAUCGGUAAGAGCGGGCGCGUGGAGAAGAGCGUGGACGCGCACAAGGGCGCGGUGCUGGCCGGCCGCUGGAGCCACGACGGCGCGGGGUUCCUCACGGUGGGGGAGGACGGCCAGGCCAAGGUGUGGUCCCGCAGCGGGAUGCUGCGCUCCACGGUGGUCCAGGGGGACAGCCCCGUGUACAGCGCGGCGUGGAGCCCGGACGGGACCCAGCUGCUGCACACGCAGGGCAAGGCGCUCGUCAUCAAGGCGCUGGCCCCCAACAGCAAGCCCCACCGGUGGAAGGCACACGACGGGCUGAUCCUGAAGGUCGCUUGGAAUCCCAGCAACAACCUCAUCAUCUCCGGCGGCGAGGAUUGUCGCUACAAGACCGGACCGGGACUGCCCCGCUCGGUGACCGGAGGGGCUCGCGCCGUGAUUGGUCCGCAGGUGUGGGACACGUACGGGCGGCAGCUCUACGCCAGCCCGGCCCACGACCACCCCGUAACCGCGCUGUCGUGGGCCCCCGACGGGGACCUGUUUGCGGUCGGCUCCUUCAACACCCUGCGGCUGUGCGACAGGGCCGGCUGGUCGCACUCGCUGGAGAAGCCCAGCACGGGCAGCAUAUUCAACAUCGCGUGGUCGAGCGACGGCACGCAGGUGGCCGGGGCCUGCGGGAACGGCCACGUCGUGUUCGCCCACAUCGUAGAGAGGCAGCUCCAGUGGAAGCGCCUGGAGGCGACCCAGACGGCUCCCGAGGCGGUGGAGCUCCGCGAGGUGGGCUCGGAGGGACGCGAGCAGCUCGAGUUCCCCGGGCGCGUCGUGAAGCUGGCCCUGGGGCACGGCCGGCUGGUGGUGGUCACCCCCUCGCAGUGCCUGGUGCACAGCGCCGCCAACUGGAGCACGCCGGCCGUCGUCGAGCUGCGGCAGUCGUCCGUGCGCCUGGUGCUGCUGGCUCCCAGGCACUUCCUGCUGGUGGACAGUGCCGGGCUGGCGCUCUACAGCUACGAGGGCCGGCUGCUGGCGUCGCCCCGCUGGGCCGGCAUGCAGCCCGACGCCCUCACCGGCGCCACCGUCAGCCUCAGCAACGACACCAUCGCCGUGCGGGACCAGCUGGACGACAAGUGCGUGCGGCUGCUGGAGCUGGCCCAGGGGGCGCGCGCCCCCACGGAGCUGCCCGCCCUGCAGCACUGGCUCGGGGUGUCGGAGCUCGCCCUCAGCCAGGCGGGGCCGCCCGCCGAGCGGCAGCUGGCGCUGGUCGACCGCAACCGCGACCUGUACCUGCGCCACGUGCACGGCCCCGCGCACCGCUCCCUCCGCAAGCUGGCCCCGAUGGUGCAGUCCCUCUGCUGGAACAGCGACACGAACGUGCUGGCGACCGUGCAGGACACCAGCCUCACCGUGUGGUUCUUCCCGGCCGUGCUGCACGUCGACUCCCAGCUCGUCAAGAGGACGGUGCUCGUCAGGGACGCCAGCGAGUUCGGCAAGGCGCCGGCCGUGGUGAGCUUCGCGGGCAACCACCUGGGGGUGCGGCGCGCCGACGGCGCCCUGGUGAGCAGCGCCGUGUCGCCCUACCCUGCCGUGCUGCACGGCUACGCGUCCGCCGGCCGGUGGGACGACGCGCUCCGCCUCUGCCGCUUCGUCAAGGACGCGACGCUGUGGGCGUGCCUGGCGGCGAUGGCGGCGCAGGCCAAGCAGCUGGAGGCCGCGGAGGAGGCGUACGCAGCCAUCGACGAGGUCGACAAGGUCCUGUACCUGCAGCACAUCAGGGAGGUGCCGGUGAGCGCGGCGCGGCUGGCGGAGAUGUGCCUGCUGGGCGGGAACACGCAGGAGGCGGAAGGCGUGCUGCUGCAGAACGGGCUGGUGUUCCGUGCUAUCAUGAUGAACCUGCGCGUACACAACUGGAACAGGGCGCUGGAGCUGGCGGCCAAGCACAAGACCCACGUCGACACGGUGCUGCUGCACCGGCGCGACUACCUGCGCGCCUUCGGCAAGCCGGAGACCAACGAGCGGUUCCUGCACUUUGCCGCGGAGGUGGAACUUGACGAGGAGAACAUCGCCCGGAAGGUGGAACUCGAGUACGAGAAGGAGAGAGAGAACGGCUAACGAAUCACAGCAUCGACCGCGCUGUUCUCCAACUGACCUGGCACUGGAAGCCUCUCUGCACGCGUGUGUGUGUUUGAUUUCAUCUUUACGUAAUGUGACUUUAUUUAUUUGCUGUUUGGAAGAUUAUCUGAAUUACAAAUUUUUUUUUUUUAACAUUA